CAUUGCCAUUGAAUUGCAUACGGCGUACUCGCAACCAAGUGGCAAUAAGAACAACCCUUUGCCAACUCACGCGGAAGCAAUCAGGUUCUGGAAGUCCCCAGCUGCAAUCUUGUGAAUUAACCGGACCUCAAGGAAGACACCAGAGAUUUCUUGGUGCCAAUCCAAGGAGGCGGCCCCACCUCAGCAGCACAGCAAAACAACGUAAGGUUCAGAAAUCCAUCUUCCCGUCACUUCUACGGGUUCUUUUCCUUUUCUUCCACUAGGAUGCCCGUCCUAGUGGCUGCUACGAGUAGAUGGGGAGGAGUUAGCCGGAGAAAAAGAAUUGCUGCGCGGGGUUCUUGAUUGUCAACUUGGCAGCCGUGGGCACGAAGGAGGGCAGCAUUCCGAUAUGCGUAAUGGGACACUCUGAGUUCGCCUUGCUCCGGGCCCUACUCCACUUUUACGCGCCUACAAGGAACUGAUCCGUUCCGCUGAAGCCUACCCGGAUCGUCCUCUUCGGGAUGGCAGCUGAGGAUCCUGCUGUGUUCACCUCGAGCACCCUGCCCUCUGACCCCCGACUCCUGGCAACUGUGACCAAUGCCUAUUUGGGCACCCGUGUCUACAGGGACAUCCUCCAUGCCAAUGGGGUGUAUAACGGAGCAGCUGGGGACACGCAUCGUGCGGAUAUCCCCAGUCCUGUCAACGUCCGAAUGAGCGUGUCAGCUGAGGGCAGCCUGAGCGAGACUUUCUCCCUGGACACAAGAAGGGGAACCUAUAUCCAUACAAUCCAGUCCUCUCAUUACACAGUCACACACAGGAUCUAUGCCCAUCACUCCCUUGUCCACCUUCUGGCCUUCAGCAUAACCAUCCAGAAGUCAGCUCUUCAAACUGAGCCUGUCACCGUGAACCUCCAUACCCAAUUCACACCAAAGAGUCCAGACUUGGACUUGCAUAGAGGGGCAGAUUUCGAGGGAGCUCACUAUCUCUAUGGAAAGACCUUGAUUCCAGAAGUGGAGGGUGGUCCUAAGCCCACUAUACAUCUGAUCUGGACACCAGUGCCCCAGUCAGUGACCCUGUCUGGGGAUGAGACAGAGAAGACCUGGGAGUUUCUCACAGCCAUAGCCAAGAGUGAAGAGGAUGUGAAAAAGUACUUUCAUGAAGGAAAGUCACUGAUUGCUUCUGGCUUCCUGUAUGAAUAUCACACCCAGGCGUGGGCAAAGACCUGGCAAGGAUGCUGUGUCUAUGUUGAUGGGCCUCUUUCAUUGAGUCAGGCUAUUUAUGGGUGCCUCUAUUACCUGCUAAGUGCGUCUCCUCCCAUAGGUUCUUACGACUUUCAGUUUUCUGGAAUCAGCCCUGGAGGUCUAUCGAAUGGCACACAGAAUGAAGAUUACUGGGGUCAUGUCUUCUGGGAUCAGGAUAUCUGGAUGUUCCCGAACAUCUUACUUUUCUAUCCAGACAUAGCUUGUGCUAUCCUAAAAUAUAGAAUCCAAACACUAGGGGGAGCCCUGCACAAUGCACAGGUGCAAGGAUACAAGGGUGGAAAAUUCCCUUGGGAAAGUGCAGCAACAGGCCAGGAGGUCUGCCCUGAAAAAAUUUAUGGUGACCAGGAAAUCCACAUCAAUGGCGAUGUUGUGCUGGCCUUUGAGCAGUAUUAUCAUAUCACACAGGACCUGAAGCUGUUCCAGGAAGGAGGCUGGGAUGUGGUGCAUGCUGUUGCUCAGUACUGGUGCAGCCGAGUGAAGUGGAACCCAGAAGAGCAGAACUACCAUAUUAAUGGUGUGAUGCCCCCAGAUGAAUAUCAUCAGGAUGUAGAUAACUCUGUUUAUACCAACGUCAUUGCCCAGAGGAGCUUGAAUUUUGCCAUUGAUUUGGGCUCCCAAUUGUGCAUUCCCAUCCCUGAAGAGUGGAAGGAGGUUAGGAAAAAAAUCAAGGUACCAUUUGAUAAAACCCGAAGAUUCCACCCAGAGUACGAUGGUUACUGUCCAGGUGAGCAGGUGAAACAAGCUGAUGUUGUCUUGCUUGGAUUCCCUCUCCUUCAUCCCAUGGAUUCUGAAGUGAGAAGAAAUGACCUGAAUAUGUAUGAACCCGUGACUGAUCCUACAGGGCCAGCCAUGACCUGGAGCAUGUUUGCUGUUGGUUGGCUGGAGCUGAAGGAGCCUGAAAGAGCACAACAUCAGCUGAGCAAAUGUUUCAGCAAUAUUACUGAACCAUUCAAGAUAUGGGUGGAGAACUCUGAUGGAUCAGGAGCAGUCAACUUCUUGACCGGGAUGGGUGGAUUCCUCCAAGCCAUCCUUUUUGGAUACACUGGAUUCAGGAUCACCAAAAACUGUUUGAAUUUUGACCCUGUUUGCCCUGAUGACACAACAAAGCUGAAGAUCACUGGAGUGUGUUACCUGGGAAGCAAAUUGAGUUUCACUAUCACCAAAGAAGAUGUUACCAUUGAAGUGACUUGGUCCUCCUCUGAACCACAGUCCUCCAGUCUAGAGGCUGUGCUGGCAGCAACACAGCACCACUUUCCCUUACAAGAAGGACAGAGUGUUACCUUCCCUACAGCUGCUGGCUGGAUCCAGAAAGCACCUGUUGAAACAGUUUAAGCCCAACAUGUUUUACUUUCAUUACAAGUAUAGAAAACACCCAACCACAGAAGCCUGGCACAGAACAGCAACCUUUUUGCUAAAUAUGAAAGAGUGCUGUGUCUAUAAGCAAUCUGAUCAAGUAGGAGUUGAUUUGAAAUCUGACCACUCUUACCACAUCUGCCCUGUGGCUUCUUUAUUGACCAGUGAGUAGGUGUUUGAAACUGAAUUGGGGAAAACAGGAAGGAAAUAAGUUUCCUUUUAAGGACGAAGAAGUAGUACCAGAAGCGCAAGAAAAAUAUCUAAUCCACAGGUGUCAAACUUGCGGCCCUCCAGAUCAUACUGGCAGGGGAUGAAGGGAACUGUAGUCCAUAACAUCUGGAGGGCCACGAGUCUGACACCUAUGAUUCUAAUCUAAUUUUCUAACAAUGCAUAAUUGGCUACGGGUUUGAAUAAAAAGAUAAUUAGAUUCUGGUGAGGUCUGACUAAUUCGGAUCCUGGUUGGCAUUGGGUAAUUACCUGAUACGAGAGCCAUUUCUUUAUAACUUUACCUUCAAGCACUGGCGUAAUGCCCAUUGGGCAAGGUGGGCAGCUGCCCAGGGCAUCACCUUGUGGGGGGCAUCAAAAUGCUGGGUUCGUUUUGGGGUAUUUUAGUGGUUUUCCAUUUUUGGCCUG